AUUCGCGGGGUCGCCUGUGUUUGGAACGUCGUGAGCUUUCUGCAAUGUGAUGACGCGCGGCGGAUGAAUUGUUAUUAGCGUCAUGCUGCAACAGUGCACGCACCUGGCAGCAGGUGCACGUUCGCGACGCAUAUCAGUGUCGAUCGACAUGUCCUGAGUGUACGGUGCGACGGAAUCCACGGCCGUUGGAAAAAUGCCGGCGACGCGACCACCGUGCGCUAGGCCGACUUGGUUGUUUCUGUCGUUGUUGCCGUACCGAGACGAGCCCGCGACUGUUACGCGCGUUGUGCCGCGACGAACGCUCGACGCGGCCAGGGACUCGUGAAGCCCGCGGUCAAGCGUGUCUUCGUCACGUACCGACUGGACGUUGCGAUCGCGCGUUCCGCGUACUGUGUGUGUACUGGUUUAGGUUAGGUGCACCGGCACAUAACCUUAAAACGCGAACGGUACGCCGUAAACCGGGGCUGCGCGUAUCGAGCCAGCCUCCGAGUUCUGAGAUCCGUGGAGACGAUCGAGACACGAGACACGAGACACGAGUCACGAGUCCGUGCAUUAUCGUCGAAGCUUCGUACUGGCUGUUUUGUGCACUGGAUGAUCGGUGGGAUGGAAUGAGCUGGGGGACGGCGGGACAAUGAAGGCCAAUGGGACAAACAAUGGCUGUAGCCGUCUGAAUACGCCAUUGGCAGCCACCACCACGCUGGAGGAUCCGGGUACACCAGCCUCCUGGAAGGGCCCGCCGCCCGGUUCGGAGGCAUCACCCUUUACGCCCAAUUCUGUCGGUCAGGGCGGUGGUCCCGGCUCGGGUCCCUACAAUAGCACAGGUGGUCCGCCCAGCAAUGCAGGCUUCCAAGGUCCGAGUCCGUUUCCCGGCAGCGCCGGCAGCCCAGCCGGAGCACCGCCGUAUCAGGGUCCGCCUCCCGGUUCGGCGACGCCACAGUACACGGCAUCCCCCGCGCCGAGCGGUUCCUCGACGCCUGGUCCUGGACCACCGCCCAAUUCCACCGGCUUCCCACCGCCCCCGAAUAGCUCAGGCCCGCCGUACAAUGGGCCCGGGCCCAGUCCGUUUGGAUCACCCUCCGGUGCGCCACCGCAAUUCGUCGGCCGACCUGGUUCCUCGGGACCACCGUUCGUACCACCAGGUGCCGGUAAUCCGCACUUUCCAUCCCAUGGCCAGCCGUUUGGUGGACCGCAGUACGGGAUACCACCCGGGAGUCCAUUCGGGCCUGGUGGACAUCCCAUGGCCGGACCUAUGGGUCCUGGACAUCCCGCAAUGAUCGGACCCGGCGGACCUGUCGACAGGCUAGAUCAAGGGUGAGUCGUUUACUCCGACUCCGAUUUGUACCGCUUGCUCAGAAUCUACGGAGCGAGUGAUGGUUCCAUCUCAAUAUUAUUUGGCAAUACGUUAUAGCGUAUAACAUUUGAGACAAAAAGGCUGCUUCUUUUUCUUUCAUUCAUGGAAUCAAUUCUCACGGAUAUUGGGAAAUAGCCGCACUCGUCUCUGCUUUGCAUGCGUAGUUUAUAGUCGGAUAAUCGAUGACCGACGCCAUGUCUACGGAUCGAAGAAGAAACUUAAAGUUUCCUAAGAACGAUAGCAAAUGCUGGACUAUCGCGAGCGCGAAGCGCCAGCAAUAAAUAUGAUGAACACUCGUAGUUUAUAACGUCCCAUUUUUAAUUAAUUCUUCUAAUUAUAUAGAAAACUUUGGAAAGAUUUUAUGCACCGAGAAAUAUGGAGCGCGAUUUGUAGAGAAAGUUGUGCGCACCGGUGGUUACGCUAAUGAUUAUAAAUCGCGGUGAAAGUUGCUAUUAUUCUGAUUUGCCGUAAUUUCGAGCGGGAGAAUAAGUACGGGAUGUUUAGGGAACACAAACGUUCAACUUUAUCUACAUUUUAACGUGGCGAAUCAACGAGAAUGCACAUUUUCCUGCGCUCGUUCGCGGUAUAUUUAUUAGAAAAAAACGUGUACCUCAUAAAUACACUGUAUCUAAAUCAUGUAAACUGUAAUCUAUGAUCAAAUUAGAAGCUGUUGAUCAUUUAACGGCAUAAUAUGGCACACUUUAAUACGAAAGUGAUAUUAUUACUGACGCAGCUCUCAAUAAUUAAUUUUUCAUAAGAAUUCGCUAUUUCGACCGUUUUUAUCCAUCUUUUACUGCACUGAGAAAAAUUUCCAUCGGAUAACCGAUUAAGUAGUGUUUCCGAUUGUUAAUUUUGUUUAAAUGAUUAAACCGAUUAAAUAAUGGAUAUAUCCAAUUACCUUCAUCGGAUAUGUUCGAUCAUCUUCUUUGUCUUGUCUUUGUCUUUAUUUGUGUCUUAGUACAAUUUAAUCAGAUAUAUCCGUUUGUUACGAUGUAAUUGAUUAUCCGAUUAAAUAUUUUUCUCAGUAUGGUAAUUUGAAACUCAUUUUAGCAAUAGGAUAAUUUGGUACGAUAAUUAUCAUAAUCAAUCUACUGCCAUGUCAAUCGUCUCGUACUCUUAAAAUCGCCGUGUUAUUUUUCGAUAAAUUUCAUGUCGCGGUCAGUUAUUGACGCGUCAGUUAGUGAUGCCAUCAUGAAGAUCGUAUUCAAAUUGUUCCUCGCGAUUAUUAUCGCUCGAAAGUGUCUCCCGCGCACUAUCGCGAGUGCUUCAUGUAAAGUAUUUUGAACUUUUACGGACGUUAGACAUCGCGCGCAAACAUUUUUUUUUAUUGCAAUUUUCGGCGAUUCGCUUCUAUGUACUCGGAAUCCUCUACGCAUGCUUCGCGUAUUCUUCUUGCUUGAAAGCAGCGGGUGUGUGGUCAUCGUCAGGUAUGUACGUUGCAAUUUGCUACUUUGAUAUUCUUCGCUAAUUCUAUUGAUAAUUUAUCAUUUCGUUUCUACCAUCAUUUGUACCAUUUAUUGAAAUAUUUCAAAUUUCUAUCGUAAUUAUCACAAAUACUACAAAGUUUAUACAUUCAAUCAACGUUGCCACGCCUUCGAAAUCGUCUUUCUCGAAGCGCGAUCGCUCAUCGGUCACGUGAUGCACGGCGUUAUGAUUCAAAUCAUUCUGCACAUUCUAAUCACGAUUAUUACCGUUUAAAAAAAGUUCUUAAGCGCAGAAACUUUACGUUUCCGUAUUCCGCAAAGUAUCGAACGUUUGUCGUAACGUGUUAGGUAUCGCACUCAAUUGCUGUCAUUGCGGUUUCGGCAUUGGCUAUCCGCUUUUAUGUGCCCAGAAUGUCCAUCGAAAUUCACUUUGCAUAGUUUACGUAAUUUUCUCGCCAAAGUACACCGAAAGUGCAACGGGCACAUGAUCAUGUACAGCAGUUCGUCCUGUAAUUAUUUGCGUCAAUUACGAUUUUCAUCAUUUCAUCGUUUCUAACAUCUGAUUUACUUAAAUUUCAUCUCCACAUUAUUUAUUGUAACUGCACACUGAUAGGUUUCGCUCGAAAGAUUAGGUCAGUUAUCGUUCUUCUUAUCGUCCGUCCGAACUGUGAGAUGAUCUCCAAACCCGUUGUCAGGUUUUCAAACAAUUUCCAAUUGAUUUUACUUGUUUUCCUCUCUGUCAUUUAAAAUUUUAUUAAUUGAUAAAAUUUGUAUAUAAUUAAGAAGGAGAAGAUUAAAGCAUGAAUGAAUUGCAUGUAAAACAAUUGCUCAACACGAUUCUGCACGAACUUUUAUCUUUAGAAACUCUAGAUCUGAACUGUGCUGUGCACGGCAUAUCAUUUUAACCGAAAA